AUGCCUUUCGCACACAUAGACGAGAAGGGUACCACUCUCUACUACGCUGAUAGCGGCAUCCCGUCCGGAGUGCUAGACUAUACCACUGUCGUUCUCAUCCACGGAGCGACUCUUAACGGUGGCAUCUUCGAACGCAUGCUUCCAUACGCGUCAAAGUACGGCCUGCGCCUCAUCACCAUGAACAUGCGCGACUACGCCGGCUCUACUCCAUAUACGCUUGAUGAACUAUCUGAGUUUACAAGCAGUGAUAUCGAGGUACAGGCGUCUGCCCUGCGCAACUUUGGCCGAGAAUUUGCAUGUUUCCUCGUGUAUGUAUGUCAGUCGCUCGGCAUCCCAGCGACGACGGUGUGCAGCGGGAAAGUAUAUGGCGGGCUUGCAUUUCUGGCAUGGUCCCUGAGCACUUCAGGCUUGCUCUCCAUUUUCGGCGACCACAAGACAUUGAGCGACGAGCAGAAGGCAGUGUUGCAGCCGUAUCUCCGCACGGCAUUUGCUUAUGACCCACCAUCAAUCUUAUACGGGGCGGAUCCCGACGUAGGUCUGCUCACCCCCUUCAACGAUCCAGCCACUCCUGACGGCGAGAGGUCCACGGCAUUCGGUACCUGGGUGUCGGGCUACUCGACUGCGGUUCCCGACGUCGCGCAUAUCACACUGGAGAAUAUGCGCAGCCGCAGAGAGGAACGGCUCCCAACACUACACACGAUGCCAACGGACGACUUUGAGCGCAUCUUCGAACCAGACAACCUCGCCCGCUCGUGCGUCGCCGUCAUGCAGGCUUCGCCGUCUCUUCACGAGAGACAUCUCCGCCGCACCUUCCUUGACGCCGAUGCCGUGCUUCCGGAUGUAAAGGUUGUUGCGCUGUGGUGCGAUCGCUCCGUCUAUGCGACUAUUUGGUCAGCGAAGGUGCUGCACGAGCUCCUGCAGGAACAACCGGCGCCCGGACAGCGAAUGCGAAAUACGUCGCUCGUCAAGAUUGAGAAUGCAAAUCAUAUUUAUCAAUGGGACGAGCCUGAGCGGCUGGUGCAGAUUCUGCAUGACAACAUCUGAUUUAGGAUCCAGUAUUUAUCUGGCGCCGCCGUCCCGGAUAAUUACUUACUAUACAGAAGCAGUGUUGGGACUGACCCCGGGUCUGACCGGUCUGAGGGUCAGUUGUUGACCGGUCAGUCGGCUAUUGCCGAGGUCGGGUUUGAUUUGUCAUGCCGUUUAUGUGAGGUCAUCGUCAAUGUUAUAACUUAGCCCGCGAAGAUGGCAGUG